AUGUUUGGCUCGAAUAGUGGAGGAUCCUCACUGUUUGGAGGGGGUUUAAACACAUCGACACCCACUUCUAAGAUAACCCAGACAGAUAAUGCUUUCCAGCCGAGACAGAAGUCUGCCUCAGGCAGUCUGUUUGGAGACGUGAGUACAAGCCGCCUAAACGGGGCUUCGACCCCUAGUCCAUCUGGAGGGCUGUUUGGAAAUAAAAACAACACUAGUGCAUCGCAAGAAGCACCAAACGCACUUUUUGGCGGUAAUGCAAACCAGGAUUCAAAUUCUGGAGGAUUAUUUGGAAACAAUACGAACAGCUCGAGUACUCCGAACACUAAUUCUAGUGCAGGAGUUAAUACAAACGCACCCACUGGAGGGCUCUUUGGAUCUGCAAGCCAGAGCGCUAAUGUAGGUGGGCUCUUCAACAAGCCAAACGCGAACCCCAGUAAUAGCAGACCAUUGUUCGGAGGGAGCACCAGCAACAGUCUGAACGCCAAUUCAAACGGUGGCAUAUUUGGUAACUCAGCAUCUGCUUCUAAGCCCGGCCAAGCUAAUGCUCCAGGUCUGUUCAGCGCGACGUCUUCGAUUCCCUCUAGUACUGGUAAUUUCUCUAAUACAACUUUCUCAGGAGGUCAAGGCGCGACAAGCUUCGGAGGAAAUGGCGUUAUGUUAUCGUCUGGGAACCAAGGAAGUAUUCAGGGCUCUACUGCUGCUAGCAACCCAUAUGGCCUCCAAUUCAAUGCUAUCGCGAAAUCUGCUGGUUCAAUGCCCGAGUCUAUCACAACGUCGCUUUUUAAAUCCAAUGCUCAUUCUAAUAAAGAUGGAGGAGCUAACAAUGCUCAGAAAACAUCGGGCUCUUCCAGCAGUCCUGCAUCCAGUCUCAAAUCUAAUGGCACCCUAAUUGGAAAACUAAGUUCACGUUUGAGAAACACUAGAAGCAAUGAACUGACACAGGGUCUCUUCUCUCCUGUUAGAAAGCCAAUCUUCCGCCAAGAGAUUGUACCAACUUCCUCCACAACAGAAUCCAAUUUAAAAGAUCACUCUCAUUUUCAAAGAGGCCUUGAAAACAGCGCAAAGGCUAACAGGUCGGAGGCUGCUGACAUGAGGAAAUUGAAGAUAGACACCGGGAGGAGCGCUGCUAAGAAGAUGAAGCUACUAAGUGGACAAAGUACAACUACCAGUACCAAAAUUCUUGGAUCAAGAGACCUGCAUCAAGACCUAGAGGAACCAAGGAGCGUGCUACAAAAAAGAGAAACUACUGAGCCAGAGCUUACAGGUAAAGAGCUGAAUGAUAAAACAGUCGGGUAUUGGUGUUCCCCUACUAUUGAGCAGCUUUCUAGGCUUCCCAUUAAGCAACUUUGCAGUGUUUCUAACUUUGUCAUUGGACGCCAGGGUUUUGGAUCCAUUUCUUUCGAUAGCGAUGUAGACCUAAGUUCCUACGUCAGCGAUCUGAAAACCAGUCUAUUCGGCAAGAUAGUAAUUUUCCAUGGUAAUAAAACGGUCGAAGUCUACCCAGAUGGAACAUCAAAGCCACCUUUGGGGUAUGGCUUGAAUGUGCCUGCUACAAUUACGCUAGAACAGAUUUAUGCGGUUGGAAAAAAUUCGAGGACGCCAUUGAAGGAACACUCAGCUGAAGAGGUCCAGCUCCUGAUAAAGAAACUUAGAAGAUUGAAAGGGAUGUCGUUUGUAUCCUACAACCCCCUUGAAGGUCUAUGGACUUUCAAAGUUCAGCAUUUCAGCAUAUGGGGACUUAUUGAUGAAGAUGGCACCGAAAAAAAAGAGCAAGAACCAAGCUCAGAGGCCGAUCACAAGCAGCGUAAAAUAGCAGUGCCUAAGCAUAGAAGCAUUGCUGCAAAAUCUUGUCAAGCUUUUGAUAAACAAGCAAUGGACGAAACAUCUAUGCACCCCAGAGGCGGAUUAGACAUAGACGGAGUUGCUUUCGGCACACUUGUUCAAAACGAAAUAGAGUCCGGGGAUACGGAAUUCAAUGAAUUGGUUGAGGAAAAGCAGUACGAACCUUCUGAUGUCGAUCCAGAGGAUUUCGAAGGGAUGGAGGUUCAAACUGCUUUGGGUGUUGCUAACAACUGGGCAACUCAGUUGGAAUUAGCAGACGACCCUUACAAUUCUGCUUUCAGAAGCACAAAUUUACAAAGAACAGGAAAUAGAGAGGCUAGCUCCCUGAGCCAAGCUUUUGACGAAACUUUUAACACUAACAAGAGCGCAAAGCGCACGUUACGCUUGUCUCACAUCCCUAAACUAGCCAAAUUUUCCAAGGAUUCGAAAUUGCUCUGUAAUUCAAAAAAGGACGUUUCAGGAUGCACCCUUGUUGAUGUUCUUGCCUGGGAUAAUGAGAGUAGAUGCCGGAUAAGCCAAACGCUCGAAAAAAACUACAUCAAUGCCAAGGUCAACAUGCGCGGGUCAAAUGGUUAUCCCAUGGUUAAGAGCUUUUCAGUGACAAUUUCUGAGAUGGAAGCUACAUUGGCAGUAGGUGAGGGGCACAACAUUUGGAAGCUUUUCUCGAUUCUUUUUGAUGAAAAAGGGAUCUCUCCCAAAAAGGACAGAAAAGCUGAACUCGAUGAACUGGUCAAAGGAAAAAGGUAUCAGCUGUUAUGCUCCUGGGUGGUGCAAGAGGUGUCUAAAUCUGUUUUGAAUCGUAUCGAAUCGACGCAGAAUCCUAAUGAAAGCAUAUUUUACCAGCUCAUUAUAGGAGACAUCAUUGGUGCGACUAAAGCUGCCAUCAAGCUCAAAAAUCCUCAUUUGUCUGCAUUGAUUACUCUUUUAAACACAAAUAAUCCAAAUGUCCGGUUUUUGGCUUCCCAACAGCUUCGCAAAUGGAAAGCUUUAAACCGGAAAGUUGAUCUCUUUGUCGUCAAAAUAUAUCAGCUUCUAAGUGGCCAACCCUUCGACCAAACCUGUGUGGUGGACCUCACAAGAGAGCUCUCGUGGCUAGAAUGCCUGAGCGUCUAUCUACUGUUCUCCGACAUGAACGCUAGUUCAUUGGAGGAAUUUGUGGCGCAAUUCUUGGAAGCACACCCGACCUCAAGCAAACCAGUCUCAUAUGAGGUGAUUUUCAGUGUUCUGAAAUUCUUCUGCUCAGAGGUCAGAGAUGAGAGAAUGCUGAAAAGGAUGCGAGUCUCAAAAAAUGUGUUCGACGAUCGAGCUUUUUGGUUCUUAGUUCAAACACUUCGUUUUAAAAAAUGCUGUAACUUCACAUCUGAUCAGACUGAUUCUAUCACUUUACAAUUCCAGGAGCAGUUGGAGGCAAACGAGCUUUACGGCGAGGCGCUCUUUACACUACUUUUUGUGCAUAGCGAUGUUUUAGCAAAGCAGCAUAUCGACGACCUCAUUAGAAGACAUGUCCACUUCUUUUCAGGGGCAUCAGGGAGAGACAUUUUAAAACGUUUUCAAGUUCCUGAUAGUCUCAUUUUCCAAGCAAUCGCGCUUCGUCACAAAUUCGACGAGAACUAUCUGGCCGAGGCUGAGAACCUUUUGGAAGGCGGAUUGGUCGAGGAUGCGGUACAGACUUUACUCACUAAUGUUGCCCCAGAGAUGAUCUUGAGAAGUACCACGGAUAAACAAAGUUUAAAAACACUACGUGACAUACUUGACAAGGUUCCUUCCGAAUUCCUCGAUACAUCAGGCAGGGACCUCGGAGUUUUCAGCGAAUACUUAAACUUUGCUUUAGACGGGCAUACCGAUCUUGCAACUCUUGAGAAGUUGAUUCAUGCUCUUCCUCCCUUCUACGCGACAUAUGGUCAUGUGUCAAAAAUCUCAAUAUGUUGUUCAGUCAUGGCCUACGCUGUCUCUUUGGCAUACCUCAUGACAGAAAACGCAGAGGCGGCUGCCUCUUCAAUGAAAGACCGGCUUCUUGAACUACCACUUGGUGAGCCAGAAGCCCGCUACAUCAGGAAAAACCUGAAAGCACCAUGA